AUGGAGUGCGGAAAGAGCUUCUCUUUCAAUGCAAAACUUAAAACACACCAGCGGACUCACAGAGAGAGAAAACGUUUUAAGUGCAGGGAGUGUGGGAAGAAUUUCAGUCAGAGUGGAAACCUUAAAUUGCACAAACAGACUCACACAGGGGAGAAACCAUAUACAUGUAUUGAGUGUGGAAAGAACUUUAAUAAUAGUGGAAACCUUAGGACACAUCAACGGACUCACACAGGGGAGAAACCAUAUGAAUGUAUUGAGUGUGGAAAGAGCUUUAGUGAUAGUGGAAGCCUUAGAAGACAUGAACGGACUCACACAGGGGAGAAACCAUUUAAAUGUAUCGAGUGUGGAAAGAGCUUCCGUUGUAAUACAAGCCUUAGAUCACAUCAACGGACUCAUACAGGGGAGAAACCAUAUAAAUGUAUCGAGUGUGGAAAGAGCUUCAGUCAGAGUGCACACCUUAGAAGACAUGAACGGACUCACACAGAGGAGAAACCACUUAAAUGUAUCGAGUGUGGAAAGAGCUUCAAUCAGAGUGGAAACCUUAGAAAUCAUGAACGGACUCACACAGGGGAGAAACCAUUUAAAUGUAUCGAGUGUGGAAAGAGCUUCAGUCAGAGUGGAGACCUUAGAUCACAUCAACAGGCUCACAUCGGUAUGGAACGAUUUAAAUGUAUGGAUUGUGGAAAGAGCUUCAAUCGGAGUGCACACCUUAGAUCACAUCAACGGACUCACACAGGGGAGAAACCAUUUAAAUGUAUCGAGUGUGGAAAGAGCUUCCGUUGUAAUACAAGCCUUAGAUCACAUCAACGGACUCAUACAGGGGAGAAACCAUAUAAAUGUAUCGAGUGUGGAAAGAGCUUCAGUCAGAGUGCACACCUUAGAAGACAUGAACGGACUCACACAGAGGAGAAACCACUUAAAUGUAUCGAGUGUGGAAAGAGCUUCAAUCAGAGUGGAAACCUUAGAAAUCAUGAACGGACUCACACAGGGGAGAAACCAUUUAAAUGUAUCGAGUGUGGAAAGAGCUUCAGUCAGAGUGGAGACCUUAGAUCACAUCAACAGGCUCACAUCGGUAUGGAACGAUUUAAAUGUAUCGAGUGUGGAAAGAGCUUCAGUCAGAGUGCACACCUUAGAACACAUCAACGGACUCACACAGGGGAGAAACCAUUUAAAUGUAUCGAGUGUGGAAAGAGCUUCCGUUGUAAUACAAGCCUUAGAUCACAUCAACGGACUCAUACAGGGGAGAAACCAUAUAAAUGUAUCGAGUGUGGAAAGAGCUUCAGUCAGAGUGCACACCUUAGAAGACAUGAACGGACUCACACAGGGGAGAAACCACUUAAAUGUAUCGAGUGUGGAAAGAGCUUCAAUCAGAGUGGAAACCUUAGAAAUCAUGAACGGACUCACACAGGGGAGAAACCAUUUAAAUGUAUCGAGUGUGGAAAGAGCUUCAGUCAGAGUGGAGACCUUAGAUCACAUUAA